CACUAUGAAUAUGAAUUACGGCACAGUAGAGUCGUGAGUCGGGGAUAAUCAUCCCAUUGUGCCCGUGUGUGUUCAUAUAGUGACUGCAUUAGUGCUCCCACGGGGAGCCUAGUGAACGAGGAGUUUGAGAUGGGCCGGGAAACUGCCAUCGACAGCAACCCACUUUCCAUUCUUCUUUACAAAUCCGUGCUCCUUUAGACCGUCAGGGGUCAAAACCAACAAAUGAGCGUGGAGUCCGUCAUGGGCGAGUGUGACAUGGAGACCCCUCUCACCUCCCCUGGCCUCCCAGAGGACCUGGUCACCGUCAACUACCUUGAAUACAGAGGCAAGAACGGAGCAAAGGAAGACGUCAAAUGGAAGUCCAUGAUGUCCUCCCUUAUAAAGCAAGACAUGAUGACCGGGUUCCUUGGCUGAAAGGUCAACAGAAGUGAGAAAUGGCUCUGCUGGUGCCCUCUUGUCAAGGUAGCCCUUGAAGCCAAGGGGAGUCCAUUUACCUCCAACCUUCUCAAAGCACUUUUCUAGAGCAUGACCAGACUCUACCAGAGAAAGGCGUGCAAAGUCUGAAACUCCAUUCAAAGCGUGAACGGAAAGAUGUAGACAUUUAUCGCCUGCAUGUCCGGCCUUCCAAAGUACGUCAUCCCCCUCCUUGACACCGACAAAGACUACACCAAGACCUGGUACGAAGGUGGUACUGAGGUUGUGUCCAUAUUUGAAUGGCACUGAGACUACCUUGUCUGGGUCAGCAUGAGCGAGAUCCAAGACAAGUUCCUCUGGAUUGAAAUGAUUGUGAUGUCCAUGGAGCUUGUUCUCAUAGGCUACCUUGGUCACGCCCUUCCACUCGAGGUUCUCGAAGACAAAGUAGAGGUCAGAACCGUCAAAGUGCAAGAGGAGAGCGACUGGAAGGUUGCCGAGUUUGUGAAGGGUGAGAGAAAGAAGAGCUGCUCCAGCCUCCCAAAGAACGUGAACUCCAUGUGUAACCUUUACUACGUCAAAACCUGGCUUUGGUGUGGCCUUAACAAAGAGGUAAACACCGUCAAAUCCACCAGAAAGCAAAAAGUGGCUGGGAUCAGAAGGGGCAAGAACGUCAAAGGUCAAACCGGUCAUUGUAUUGGUCAAUGCUUAAAAGAAGAAUAAAUCUCGUGUUUCAGAGAAGGAAAUUGUAGCGCGUGUGUGAAAAUCUAAAGGAAAUUCAGUGAUUCU